GAUACUCCUCCACUCGUAAGCGUGGAUUAAUCUAAUCUCCUCGUCGAUGUGAUCUUACGGCCAAUUGGAUAAAAACGCCUCUGGAGAAUUUUAUGCUCGCUUGGCCACUAAUGGAGUUGUUAGUGACAGGGCAGCUGCUCCUCUGCUUCCUGCUGGACUGAGCCGCAGAGGAGGAAGAAACGAUGGGGGGCGAUCCUACUCGUUGCGUUGCAGAGUUGGAGAUGAAAACAGAUAGCUGUGUGAUUGACAUCCCUUCAUUGGCGAAAGAACUGAGGGUCGAACUCUCCAGCUUCAAGUCGUCGACGGCGCGGGUCGUCGGCGGCGCCGCGCCUCCGCCGUGCAUCAUCGUCGACAAGGUUGGUGAGUCCACCCGCAUCCACGACCCGCACGAGUACGUGCCGCAGUACGUCUCCAUCGGGCCGUACCACCGCGCCGCCGACCUCGCCGGAGAGGCCAUCAAGGUGAAGUACCUCGGCGACGUCCUCUCGGCGGCGGCGGCGAGCUCCACCGCGCCGAUGACGCUCGAGGACUACCUCUCCGAGCUGGCGCACCUCGAGCACAGCGUGAGGAGGUGCUACGUCCAUUCGUUCGACAUCCCAAGCAGGGAGUUCGUGCGCAUGCUGCUGCUCGACGCCUGCUACAUCCUCGUCCGCUUCGGCGACGUGCUCACGCCGCGCACCGCGGCGCCGCCGCAGCCGGCGGCGGCGGCGGCGGAGGAGGUGGCCGUGGCUAACGGCGUCGUGCACGCGGGGCACCGCGUCGUGCCGACCGAGGAGAGGAGAGCGGCCGCAGACGACCAGCAGAUGGCCGUCGCGGUGGUCCGCGACGUGCUCUACCUUGCCGAGAACCAGAUCCCGUUCUUCGUCGUCGACAAGGUCCACCAGCUGACGUUCCUCGACGGCGAAACUCCGGUGUUGGACGCCAUCGCGAGGUACGCGCACGACCUGUUGAGUUGGACGGAGUACUCGGUCGCGACGCCGACGAUAGUGGCGCCGCCGGCGCUGCGGCCGGAGCCGGCGAACCUUCUCCACCUGCUGCACAUGCACUUCACGCCUACCGUGCUCGCUUCCGGCAAGGUCAGUCGCGGCGGAAGGUCCGUGGGCCGGUGGCGCACGGCGACGGAGUACCACUACGCCGGCGUGACGUUCAAGCGCCGCCCGCUCAGCAGCGGCGGCGGCGCGCGCAGCAUCCUCGACGUGAAGGUGAGCCGGCGCGGCGGCGCGCUGCAGGUGCCCCGGCUGAGCAUCGACGGCGAGACGUGGCGGCUGCUCCGGAACCUGAUGGCGCUGGAGCAGAGCAACCCGUCGGCGGCGGGGAGCCACGUGACGGCGUACUGCGUGUUCAUGUCGCAGCUGGCGUGCACGGCGAGGGACGUGGAGCUGCUGUCGCGGCGCGGCGUGAUCGUGCACGGCCUGGGCAACGACGGCGAGGUCGCGGGCCUCUUCGCGAACCUGUGCAAGGGCGCCGUGUUCGACUUCGACGAGGCCGACCAGAACUACCUGAGGCCGGUGUGCCAGGUGCUCGACCGGCGGUUCCGGAGUAGGCCGCGGCGGUGGAUGGCGUCGCUGAGGCAGAAGUACUUUCUCAACCCGUGGCUCACCGCCGGCCUCGUGGCGGCCACCAUUGGGCUCGUCUGCACCGUGAUCCAGGCAGUUUACUCCGUUCUUAGUUACGUAAAACCCGGGAACUAGAAAUCGGGAAACUAUUCUAAACUCUCAAUAGGCAGUGCACGACUCAAUGUCCAGCACUUGGCUCGCCGUGGCAUGGCAAGAGGUGGAAACGCCAAGUCGUCGGUGUCGGAUGAUACCGUACCGAUGAUCGGAUUUCGUCCAGGGUUCUGCAAAAUUCCUCAAUCCGCCAGUGUCAUCGGUGAUGUUGGAAGAAUGUCCGGAGGUGCAGCAUAUAUCGAAAAAUAUGGAUAUGGAAGCAUCUGAUGGGAGAAAUUGAUUCUGAAGAUUAACUGUGGUGGAUCAUAUUAGAAGAGAGCAGUGGUCACUGGUCAGCGAUAAAAAUUGAGCUUUCCUGGGUGCAGCCGCCAAGGUGAUUUUCUUGGGGAUGUUUUGGGCCUGCUGCUGAAAUGCUGACAGGCUGAUGAUCUGAAAUGGUUCGGAACGUGGGCAUGCUCAUGUCAUGUGUGACAAUAUCCAUGAAGUCAGAGCUUGUGUUGGGUGAAUUGUGAGGUGGCUUUAUUAUCCUCCAAAUUGUGCUAGUCGAAGAUACUUCUGUUUCUAUAUAAACCAGUUUUGGAUGGAUCGGGUCUUCUAGUUUAUGCUUCAUUUUCUAUUUAUAAAAGAGACAGGCAGUCAUGGUCGGUGUACUACAUAUGAAUGUUGAAUAGUACAUUUUUCUCCGUGUCUAAUAUUGUAAAAUAUUUAAUAAAGCCAGUUGUACACUUGUACUGCAGAGUAAAUUAGUUCACGAGUCA